AUCGACACAAACACAGUGAACACAAAGCUCCAACUGUCUGACAACAACAGGAAGGUGACACAUGUGGAGGAGGUUCAGUCAUAUCCUGAUCAUCCAGACAGAUUUGAUGUUCUUCCUCAGCUGCUGUGUAGAAAUGGUCUGACUGGUCGCUGUUACUGGGAGGUCGAGUGGAGAGGAGAUGUUUUUAUAUCAGUGAGUUACAGAAGCAUCAGAAGGAAAGGAGGCAGUCACUGUGUGUUUGGAUACAAUGAUCAGUCCUGGAGUCUGGAGUGCUAUAGUGGUGCUCCUCAGGUUGUCAGGCACAAUAACAGAGCAACACCUAUCUCCUCUUCCUCCUCCUCCUCCUCCUCUGUCUCUAACAGAGCAGCAGUGUAUGUGGACUGUCCUGCUGGCACUCUGUCCUUCUACAGAGUCUCCUCUGACACUCUGAUCCACCUCCACACCUUCAACACCACAUUCACUCAAACUCUUUAUCCUGGGUUUAUGGUCAGGUUUCCUGGUUCCUCAGUGUCCCUCUGUGACGUCCUGAGUGAAGACCUCACUGAUCACAUGACUCUGGUCACCUGA